AUGGAAGAGCUGGAAGGCAGUUUAUUCCAGACACGGAAGGCGCACAGAAUAGAACAAAUGGUAUCGAGAUGGCUUCGACGCUCUCGGGACAGCUCAGCCCGGGCUAAAGUUGCUGCUGUUGAUGUGUCCUCUAGGAAUGCAGCCCAGGCCCUCACUCCCGUGAGGCACACAGUAAAGAUAGACAAAGAUUCUCUUCUCCAGGACUAUGGAUUUCACAUUUCUGAGAGCCUUCCGCUCACAGUGGUGGCUGUCACAGCAGGAGGCACUGCUCAUGGCAAGCUUUACCCAGGUGACCAGAUUAUCCAAAUGAACAACGAGCCUGCUGAAGAUCUUUCCUGUGAACGAGCCAUUGAUAUUCUCAGGGAAGCUGAGGAUUCUAUUUCAAUCACAGUUGUUCGCUGCACGUCGGGAGUCCCCAAAUCAUCCUUCCUGACUGAGGAAAAGAGAGCCAGGCUGAAGAUGAACCCUGUGAAGGUGCACUUUGCUGAGGAAGUGCUCGUCAGCGGACACAGCCAGGGGAAUUCUCUGCUGUGUAUGCCCAACGUACUCAAGCUGUACUUGGAGAAUGGACAGACUAAAGCUUUCAAGUUUGAGGAAAACACAACUGUAAAGGACAUCAUCCUCACCGUGAAGGAGAAGCUGUCGAUCCGCAGCAUUGAGUACUUCGCGCUGGUUCUGGAAGAGCAGUACAGCAUCUCCCAGCUGCACCUGCUGCACGAGGAGGAACUCAUCCAGCAGGUGGUAGAGAAGGAAGAGUCACAUGACUGCCGCUGCCUCUUCAGGGUGUGUUUUGUUCCCAAGGACCCCCUGGACCUCUUGAAAGAAGACCCUGUGGCGUUUGAAUACCUCUACCUGCAGAGUUGCAGUGAUGUGCUUCAGGAACGCUUUGCUGUGGAAAUGAAAAGCAGCCCUGCUCUCCGACUUGCGGCCCUGCACAUCCAGGAACGGAUCUAUGCAUGCGCUCAACCACAGAAGAUCUCUUUGAAGUACAUAGAGAAGGACUGGGGAAUAGAAAAUUUUAUAUCUCCAACUUUACUCCGAAACAUGAAAGGCAAGGACAUCAAGAAAGCCAUUAGUUUCCACAUGAAGAGGAACCAGAAUUUGCUGGAACCCGGACAGAAGCAACUUAUUUCUGCUGCCCAGCUCCGCUUAAAUUAUCUACAGAUCCUUGGAGAACUCAAGACGUAUGGUGGGAAAAUCUUUAAUGCCACUUUGAUGUUACAGGAUAGAGAAUCCUACAUUGCCCUACUAGUUGGAGCCAAGUAUGGGAUUAGCCAGAUUAUCAAUAGCAAGCUCAAGAUCAUGUCCACACUGGCCGAGUUUGCAAACAUCAGCCGCGUGGAGCUUACAGAAGAAUCUGAGAAAGUGAGCAUGGUCAAAGUGUAUCUUCAGGAUGUCAAGGUUCUGACUUUGCUGCUGGAGUCCAACAGUGCAAAAGACUUUGCCUGCCUGCUUGCUGGGUACUACAGGCUCUUUGUCGACCCAGUUACCUCCAUUUUCCUCUGGCCUGGAAACAAGCAGCAGGUGCACCGGGUGUCUGCUGAAGAAGGCUAUGAAUCCAGGGCCUGCAGUGACUCCGAGGAGUCAUCUGAAAUGGACUGUGUGCUGGAACCUCUCUCUGACAGACGCCUGGUAAAGCUAGUUCCCUGCAUCCCUCUCAUGAAAGAGGAGGCGCCUCCAGGGGACAGUGCCACACCUGAGGUGGCCAGGAGAGGCCCAAGUACAUGCGGGGCCAGCAGCGUGACAGACAGUGCUGAGUCUGAGGCGUCGGACUCGGCUAACACCGAGAGUCGCGGCUGCAGGACCAGCGGCUCCAGCGAGUCCAUGGAUGCCCUGGAAGAGGAUGACCUGGACGCCUGCUCUGCCAGCCGGUCUGGCUUCUUCCACUUUGGCUCAUCAGGCUUCUCAGAGAAUCUUGACUCCAACAGCCAAGAGGAGAGAGACAGGAUGGAAACCAAUGGCUUCCUCUGUCUCCUGGACCUGUCCCAGAGAGCUGUUCCUCGGUGCCAGAAGGCCGACUUUUCGGAGAACCCCACUCCCGAGAUGUUCAGCUGGGGCCCCGAGCUGAGCGCAGUCAGGCUGGACCCCAGGCUGUAUGAAGGCAGCCGGACUGACUACUACAGCCUGUGUUCCAGUGUUUCCCCAGCCAGCCAUCUGAGUGACAGCUCAGACAGCAUGGCUUCUCGGCACGGGGUUCCCCCAACAGCCUGGGGACAGCAGGGCUGGACUGAGGCCCAGCCUGGCUCCACACUGGAAGCCCUGGCCUCACACCCUCCACUGACCUUUGAAGAUGGCAGCUCUGAUGAAGAAUACUAUGAUGCAGCUGAUAAGCUCACCCCCCCAGACACCCUCUCAGGGCCUAAAGCUGUUUCUGUGGUAGAACCUGGCACCACAGACUUGCAGAGCAAGGCCAGCACUUACAACCUCGAAAAGAAACUGCACCCUGGGCCAGAUGGACGAGAUCUGACCAAGAGGGGAGGGAUGAAGAAAUACGCCAAGACUCUGAGGAAGAGAAGGUCUUUCCUACAGACUGACUAUACCUCGCAGGUCUCGUUUCCCCUGCUGCCCUCAGCCUCUCUGGAGAGUGUGGACGAUGUGUGCUACUAUGACAGGGAGACCUACCUGGCUCUCAGUGCACCAUCCCCGACCGUGUCUUCCCUGCAGGAUAUGCACUGUGAACCUGGCCUCCUGGAGACCAAGGCCUUGGGGCUGCUGGCACCCCUGAGGGAGGCCAAGAGCAACAACCCAGCCUCCCGGGUAAUGGAGAUGGAGCCCGAGACCAUGGAAACCAAGUCAGUCAUUGACUCUCGGGUGUCUUCUAUUUCUGCCAUUCGCCUCCGGAUUGACCCCAACCAUAAAGGAAUUUCUGGGGUUUCCCCUUUGAAUGCCCCCAUUGCCAAUCCCCCAGCAAGUACCUCUCACUGUCCCAACUCAGCUUCAUCUGGCCCAGAUACUGCCCAAGCAGAGCCUUCUCAAACCUUAUUGCCACUUCAAUACCCAGUUGGCAGUGCCCCCAAAGAUGUAGCCAUGAAACUUGGGGACCUCACAUCCCCCUCCAGAGCUAAUCCUGCCCCAGAUGGGGUCUGCCUGGCCAACAGUUCUGAGCCACACAAUGUCUCUCAGGGAGAUGCACUAAAACUUGUAGCUGUCCAGUCGGAAACAGGACUGGGGUCUUUGUUUACAAAUCACAUGCAAGAAACUGCCCCUAAAGACACGGAACCAGUGUUGUUUCCUGGAGACCAGCCCAGAAGAGGGGAAUAUAGAAUACAUUCAGGAGAGAAGACGGCCUCUUUGCCUACACAGGAGGAACAGCAAAGACAACUCACUUUGGAAAGUGAAAGAAAACUGGCAAACAAAACUGGCACGGAUGUAUUUCAAGAGCAUUCUGGGAGGGUCUCGGGCGACUCCAGUGGUGAUGUGUCGGAUGCUGCUUCACAGGCUCUUGGUGGUCCCGAGUCAGCUAAUGAAAUAAGAGGCUCUCUCUGCUUGGAGAUUUCUGAAAUAGGGACUGAGAAGACCUCAGUACGUGCCCCAGGAGACCCUCAAAGACAAAGCAGAGAAACUCUAGGCCAAGCCUGCCAGACCCAAGAACAAAAAUUAUUGGCAGAGUUAGCUUUAGAUACUGACUUUUGGUUGGGGGACCAGACCAUCCCAUCAGCACCCCCUCCAGACGGGAUCAAAGCAGACCUGCUUAACCAUGUGCUGAGGAAAGACACAACCCCUACGAACACUCCACAGGCCUGUUCUAAUCCAAGGCCUUUCCUGCCAAAUAUCCUGCCAUGUCCCCAAGGGGAGCCCCACAGAGAGAGUCCAAACUACCAUUCCCUAUUAGAACGCAAAAGUGAACACCCUACCAUCUGCCUUCCAGAGAAGUCCUUCCUGUGUUUUUCCGCAGGCAGCCAUCCUGAUAUUUCUUCCAGUCCCCAGAUGGCUGUGUCUUUGGGCUUCGCAGGAGUGGAUGAAGCGGUGGCACACAGGGUUGGGAUGGAGCAGUGUAGCUGCCAAUUCUCCUAUGCCACAUGCUUCCGUGUCCCACAGCCUGAGGUGGAGGAUGAGGACAGGGACUCGGAAGCAUGCCCCAUGGCUCCUCUCACCUCCCCGCCCUGUGCAGGAAGCCCCCUGACCCUUCCCUGGAGGCCAGGCCGGGCCCACAGCUGCAGCACGGAACCCCCGUGGAGGAAGAGCUACAUCUGGCCUGAGUACUGCUCCCGGACAUUGAGGCAGCUCAAAGCCACCCCCACUGGCACCCCUGAGGGCUUCAUCCAACUCACUGAGAGCUUGCUUGAGCUGCAAGACAUUUUAGACGCUUCCUGGGUCGGUGGGAACAAACACCCCCCAGAGAAGUGCACCUGGCACUUUUCCGAAAGCCGGAGCCGCCUCUGCACAGGCUCCCAGAAGCUCUUGUCCAGCUGUCAGCACGUGAUCAGGAUGGACCAGACCCCCGAAGAGAUGCAGGGUGCAGUGCGUGACACCUUCCAGAACCUGGUCCAGCUGGCUGGCCUGUGCUUCCAGUUCACGGACUGCAGCCGCUGCUCUGCCCGGCACAGGGAGGCAGCUGGGAACCUGCGGGACGUGGUGUACGCCUACUGCCAGUUUGUGGAAGCUGCCAGGCUGACCUGUGAGCGAGGCUACCACGACCUGAGUGUUAAACUCUUAGCCCGUCAGUGCACAGCCCUCACGGCCUCUGUGUUCUGUUUGACCCACAAAUUCCGGGCAUCUACUGCCUUGUGA